GCGUAAUCUCCCAUGAUGCACCAGGUGAUCGCUGAUCGGCAGACAGACGGGAAGAUGGCGGACGGAGUGGACAUAGAUCUGUACGCCGACGACUUGGAGCAGGAAUUCACCCAGGAGGGUGAAUUUGGCGAUGCAGACCUGUACAACGAUGUCAUCACGGGGAACGCUGGCCCGGAUGGUGAGGGUGGGGAGGUAAGAAAGUACAUGGAGGGUCCCACCACCCCCACAGAGCACAAGACUAGCUCUGUCCCCUCCCACAGUGCCUACCAGGGCAGGCGCUGGUCAGUGUAUAUCGGAAACCUCACCUGGUGGACGACUGAUGCAGACCUGUCUGAAGCCAUCCUGUCAGUGGGAGUAAAGGAUCUUCUGGAGAUCAAGUUCUAUGAGAACAGAGCAAACGGACAGUCCAAAGGGUUCUGUGUCUGCCACUUUGGUUCUGAACAGUCUCCCAGGAUCCUGAUGGACAAGCUGCCUAGAAAGGACCUCCAUGGACAGAAUCCAGUGGUACGCCCCUGUAACCGUCAGAGUCUCAACGAGUUUGAGAUGCAGUCCAGGAAAACAACUGGUGCGUCUGACAACCGUGGUCCGCCAGGGUUCCAGCAGCGCGGGGGGAUGCCGCCCAACCGCGGCCCACCUCCGCCGGGGAUGGGGAGAGGACGUGGGCGCGGCCGCUUCCCUAACGACAAGGGGCCACACCCACAUCCUGACCGCUUCCCUGGUCCGCCCGGACCCGGAGGACCGCCACCCUUCCCACCUGGACCCCCUGGUCCCCCACGAGGACCCCCUGGCCCCCCACCAGGGCCCGGAGGCCCACCUCCUCCCCCGGGCAUGGGGGGACCCCCCAACAGAGGCCCACCCCCUCCCAGGAUGGAGUAUCGAGACAGACCAUGGGGACCACCUAAUGAGCACAUAGAGCGACCACGCCAUUUCAUGCCAGACCACGGACGUCGUAUGGAUGCACCAUGGAGAGGGCCGGAGCCUGGCCCCCCUCGUGGUCCCCCCCCUGGCAUGCAGCUGCCUCCCCCUCCUGGCCCGGGGGGUCCGAUGCCGGGACCGCCGCGGGGACCGUCCCCUGGCCCGCCCCAGGGCCCUCCCCACGGCCAGGGCCCUCCUCACCACGGGCCACCUCACGGACACGGGCCACACCACGGGCCUCCUCCUCCACAGGACAGCAGAGGUUAUGGACCUCCACCAUCACAGGGACCACCUGGACCACCCCCUCCAGCCCUCCCCCCUCGACCAGGACCCCCUCCUCCUCCCCAACAUGGCCCCCCUACAAGUCUGGGCCCCCCUCCAGCCGGCCCACCCCCCACAGGACACAACCCCCCUCCUGCUCCCCACGUCAACCCUGCCUUCUUCCCCCCUCCACAAGGACAGCCUGAUCCCAGACAGCCCCCACCAGUGUCGGCAGCCAGUGACCCCUACGCUCGCCCCCCUCCCCCCGAGCACUACCCCCCGGCGAGCAGGGAACCUUACCAGCGCCCACCAGAGAGACAUGACUCAGCCCCCCCUGCGCCAGCCCUGAGCGAGGCGGAGUUUGAGGAGAUCAUGAACCGGAACCGGGCGGUUUCCAGCAGUGCCAUCUCCCGGGCUGUGGCUGAUGCUAGCGCCGGUGAGUAUGGCAGUGCCAUUGAGACCCUGGUCACAGCCAUCUCCCUCAUCAAGCAGUCCAAGGUGUCGUCAGAUGACAGGUGCAAGGUUCUGAUCAGUUCUCUGCAGGAUUGUCUGCAUGGCAUUGAGGCAAAGUCCUAUGGUUCUGGCUCCAGGAAGCGAGACAGACACUCCCGCGAGCGAGACAGCAGCCCCAGCCGUCGCUCCUCCAAGAGCCGCAAGAGAGACCGCGAACGUGACCGCUCCCGGAGCCGUGAGAGGGACUACCGAGAGUACCGCGAGCGCAGCAGCAGGGAGAGGGACCACUACCGGGAACACCGCGACAGAGACCGCGAGCGUGAUCGUCGCCGUUAGGACGCAGACUUGGACAACCGAACGUCUCGCAGUAGUCAGGAAUGUCAGCAUAGGUCUACUGAAGUGUUCUGUUCACUCUUAUGACUUAGUCAACCCAUAGAUGUUGUGACUGUAAGUAUAACGUAACGUGUGGAGACAAGACGGACCGAAGAAACAGCGGGGGAUGCGGUGUGGGAUUGGAGACACAGACUGCCGUGAUCAAGGGAAAAAAGGAUUGAGAAAAAAGACAGAAGGAACAUCAGAAGCUUUGCUGUAGGAAGGUGACAAGUUCACCCGUCGUCUGUACCAAACUAGACAAUUAUGAGCGCAAAAUUCAGUACUUGUCGUUCACGUGUUGUAAAAGUAUAUGUAACAGUAGAACCAGUAGUCUGGUAAUCUGUAAAAAAAGGAAAAUCUUUUAAUCCCGAAGCAUUUUUGUAGUGUGUAACGGAUGUUGAAUUUUCGGCAUUUAUCAAGUUUUAGUUUUACUACUGUUGAUUUAGGGAUGAUACUAGGAUGAUAUUAAAGACCUAAAUGUGAUGAAAUGUGUCAUUUCUUACUUGGGUGUUAUUCUGUUGUACUGUGUUAAGGUGUAGCUGACAUGUGGGUUGCUUACUGUGCUGGGUACAUUAAAGUAGUGCUAAUCAUGUCGUGAGGUAAAAAUUUAUACUUAAACUUUGCUAAGGAUCUAGGCUUGUACAGAGAUGUCCCAAAGGGGUUAUCCAGGGAGUUUAGGCAAGAAUCUGUAUUUUACUAUUUUUAGAUGCAAUGAGGUCAUGUAAUAAUAUGGUCAUUUGCAAAAGAUAGUAUUACCAUGUUCGUAAAGAAAAAGGUAUCACAAAA